UAAAGCCCAUUUCAGUCUAGGUUGAAUAUUUCUCAUCCAAUAUAUAUCAAAGCUCUUUGGUUGGUGUUGGGUACGGAAGGGCUAUUCAAUAGUGGCUAGUGGCAUGGUUCUGCUAGUGGAAUAAUUCCUCAAUCUCGCAUUAAGGUCAUCCCCUUCGCCAUUUUAUCUCUCACCCUACUGGUCCCCGCCCAUGCAUUUAGACACAACUCACAACUUCCUAGACAUAAAGCAAAUUUACUAGAGUCUUCAACUAAUAAUUGUCCAAGAAACUAUUCUCAUAUAUUCUAGAUUUUCGCUGCUCGCUUCUUUUUCUUAAUCUUUUCCGCCAAAAUAUAUUUAUUCAAGGUUCCAGCCCUGGUGGCGAAGAGGAGAAUCUGAUUUCAUGGCUUCCCAGCUUUUCUCUCUAAACCACCCAAAGUGCACCCUACAUCAGACCUUUCAAGGUCCCUUGCGAAAAUACAACUUGAACCAAAAGACCAAAAAUCUUUACUUCCAAUAUAACCCUUGUUUUCCAAGUUCCUCAAAGGAGGCCAUCAAAUGUUCAACCUCCUUGUCAAGUUUAACUGAUCCACAGCUAGAAGAAACUUUAGUGUUAGAAGAAGACGAGAGGUCUCUUUGCCAAAUUUGGAAGGAAAUUCAAGGCUGCAACGACUGGGAUGGACUGCUGGACCCCAUGAAUCCUCAUCUCCGCAGAGAAAUCAUCCGCUAUGGUGAAUUUGCUCAAGCAUGCUAUGAUUCUUUCGACUUUGAUCCUCACUCCAAAUACUGUGGUUCUUGCAAAUACCAAGGAGCCCAUUUCUUUGAAAAGCUUGGGAUGGCAGACCGUGGCUACCAAAUCAGUAGAUACCUCUACGCGACCUCAAAUAUCAAUCUCCCAAACUUCUUCCAGAAAUCAAAGCUAACCAGUGUAUGGAGCACCCAUGCAAACUGGAUGGGGUACGUAGCCGUAUGCACUGAUGAAGAUGAGAUCAAACGGCUGGGGAGACGCGAUAUUGUCAUUUCUUGGAGAGGUACAGUCACAUAUCUUGAAUGGAUUUAUGACCUCAAAGAUAUUCUUCAUCAAUCAAAUUUCACCAAGAACCCUUCCAUUAAAAUGGAGUUAGGUUUUUAUGACUUGUACACCAAGAAAGAAGACACUUGCAACUAUUGCUCAUUUUCAGCUCGCGAACAAGUGUUGGCUGAGAUUAAAAGGCUUCUUGAAUACUAUGAUGGUGAAGAAAUAAGUAUUACAAUUACAGGUCAUAGUCUCGGGGCUGCUUUGGCCAUAAUAACAGCUUAUGAUGUUGCGGAAUUGGGGCUUAAUCUUGUUAACGAAGGAGGGCUUAGCGAUAAAAUACCAAUUACAGUCUACUCUUUUGCUGGUCCUCGAGUAGGCAAUCUUAAGUUUAAGGAAAGGUGUGACGAGCUAGGAGUUAAGGUACUUAGAGUGGUAAAUGUGCAUGAUAAAGUACCAACAGUGCCAGGGAUUUUUGCUAAUGAGAAGCUUCAAUUUCAAAAAUAUUUAGAAGAGGCUGUAUCUUUUCCUUGGAGUUAUGCCCAUGUUGGGGUUGAAUUGGCAUUGGAUCAUACCCAUAGCCCAUUUCUGAAACCAACUAAUGAUCUGAGUUGUGCACAUAAUCUUGAGGCUCAUUUACACUUGCUCGACGGCUACCAUGGCAAAGGGCGACUAUUUUGCUUGGCUAAUAAGAGGGACAUUGCCCUUGUUAACAAGGAUAGCAACUUCUUGAAGAUUGAGUAUGGGGUGCCACCAUGCUGGCGGCAGGAUGAGAACAAAGGGAUGGUAAGGGAUAGCGAUGGGCGUUGGGUAUUGCCGGAAAGGCCGAGAGUGGAGGUCCAUCCACAUGAUAUAUCCCACCACCUUGAAAAAAUACUGGAUAUUGCCUCGGGUUCUUCCCAACUGAAAGAAGCAUAAUCCAUCAUAAUGACUAGACACUUACCGAAGCAUGCUCAAUUAUGAAUGUCGUUUUUCUUUGUCGUUUUUCGAUUAUUUUCUUUAGCCCUACAAUUUGUAAAUCUUAUACUUUUUGGAGGCUAGUAGUAACAAUUUGCUUGUCAUAGAUGUGCAUAUUUACUCAUGCAACUUUGAUUUUAUGAGAAUCAUAUAGCUUUUGUCU